UACCAAUGGCAGCCCUACUCUGAGCAAGCGACAAAACAGUUGGUUUCCACCGAUCUGGCAACGCUGUACAUUCUCAUCGAAGACAUUUCAUUUUUGCACGCUGAAAACGCAAAACAAUUCAAUGGGGUGGAGAAGUAAAUUCGUCACCUCAACGCCAAAAAAGCAGGUGAUGCAGCACGGCGAGUUCAUGAACCGCAUGCGAAAGACGCUUUACUAUGGAAGUGUCGACACCGCGGAGGUGGAGACCUUGGAGGUUUCCAGGCCUUUCGCCGAGUACGCAGCCGAUCUGUUUUCGGAGCCACAUCGCGGUCACUCGCUGCACCGUCUGAGCUCGAUUGCUGCGGGCAAAUCGCACUCAACACCUUGUUCCCUGAUAAUGGCAUUAAUUUACUUGGAUCGCCUGAACAUCAUUGAUCCGGGCUAUAGCUACAGAAUCACGCCACAGGAGCUCUUUGUUGUCUCAAUGAUGAUUUCAACGAAACUCUAUGCCGGCUACGAUGAGCGUUACAAUUUCUAUCUAUAUUGUGUGAAUGACUGGGCAAAAGAGGGCAACAUGACCGAGGACAAACUUAAGGAAAUGGAACUCGAGUUUCUGACAGCCAUUGACUGGAACAUAUACAUAUCGAACGAACAAUUCUUUGAGAAGCUAACCAGCGUGGAACGAACGCUUGCGGAGCGCGAGGGAUUGCGACGCGGCUGGCUUACGUAUAGCGAACUGAUGCAGCUGCUGCCCGAUUUUACGAUAAUGCGAUUUUUGUUAAAUAACCUGGCUGUGCUGGCGCUGAGCUAUGCGGCGAGUGUGUUCACAAUUGCGGGCGCCUUUUUCAUUGCCAGCCAAGUGCCGGGCACUCUGUGGCACCGUCGAACCGCGACGCAUGCAACGGCAGCGGUUAGCACAACAAUUACGACUCCGAUUAUCACACCCAAUGUCACUGAAGCUGCGCCCGUUGUUAGCGAUGAGGUCGCUAUUGGUGUCGCAUCAAAUCAAAAUUGCAGUGCUAUGAAUGUGGAGGCGGAACUUUUAAAAUUGGAGCAACAAUAUUGUGCCGAGGCAAGACUGACAGAACUGAAACGCAGGCAACGCUUGAAGCGACCGCCCAAUCCACUGCUGCCGCCCAAUUAUCGUAUGGAACUGGACACCACGCAGCAAGACGACACGCAGCACUGGCUCAACAUCAAGUCACAGUACAGCGAUGGCAUUGAGGAUCGCGUUAUUAUGAAAUACACACGAAAUUGGGAUCAUGUCAAGAAUGCAUCUAUUUUUUGGCAAGCGCUCAGUGAUGCUAUAUCGCAUCAGUCGUUUCUAGUGCGUUGGCCGGAGUUGUGGUCAAAGUUGUUCUAAGCUACUGACCUGAAGCAUUUGAAGAAUUCAAAAUUUUCACAUGUCAUUCACUUUCUUCGACUUAGAGCGAGAUUGCAAUUCUUUUCAACUGUCGAAUCAAUUUUAACUUUGCCUAAUAAAUUGUAUUUUUUCAAAAUAAACUAACUAAAAAUCUAAAUAAAUUGAUAUAUAUAUAAA